ACCAGUUUACAGCCAUCUUUUUAAAACAAGAUUGUGUCGAAAUUAGGAUUCGUAUAAUACGAGAAAGAAUUUAUCCAUCUUUAUCUUUAGAAUCCUCAUCAAAAAGGAAAUAUUAUAUUAACCUAGCAUUAUGGCAACUGAAAAACCCAAGCCAGUCGCAACAUUUAAGUUAGUUCUCGUUGGAGAUGGUGGCACAGGAAAGACAACGUUUGUAAAACGUCAUUUGACUGGUGAAUUUGAAAAAAAAUAUAUUGCCACACUUGGUGUCGAGGUUCAUCCUUUAAUGUUUUAUACAAACUUUGGACCUAUUCAAUACAACUGUUGGGACACUGCUGGCCAGGAAAAAUUUGGUGGAUUAAGAGACGGUUAUUAUAUUCAAGGACAGUGUGCUAUUAUAAUGUUUGAUGUAACAUCUCGUGUGACGUACAAAAAUGUUCCCAAUUGGCAUCGUGAUUUAAUAAGGGUGUGCGAAAAUAUCCCUAUUGUAUUAUGUGGAAACAAAGUAGAUGUGAAGGAAAGAAAAGUGAAGGCCAAGACUAUUACAUUCCACAGAAAAAAGAAUUUACAAUACUACGAUAUCAGCGCCAAAAGUAAUUAUAAUUUCGAAAAACCAUUUUUAUGGCUCGCUCGUAAACUUUGCGGAGAAGCUGAAUUAGAAUUCGUUGAAAUGCCUGCUUUGCAACCUCCAGAGGUACACAUUGAUCCCGCCUUACAACGCAAAUAUGAACAAGAAUUGGAAGAAGCAAAGGUGUGCGAGCUUCCAGCCGAUGAUGACGAUGAUUUGUAAAUAACGUUUUUUGCAUUUUGGUGUUUAGUAAGAGCUAACUUAUAAGCCUUCGUGCUGACAUCUUUCGUGCAAUUUAAUUUCAGAAGACCUUUAUAGUUUUUGUAUUAUUUUAAAAUCGUGGAUAUGAGUAAAAUAUACAAUGUCUAGUGGAUGCAAUUCAGUCGUUCUUGUGAGACACGCUUUUAUGAUUGAAUGUAUUUCGGUAGUAGCUCUGUAAGUUGAAGUAUAUUGAGUGAAAGAAAAUCUUUAAAUAUUUAUCA